UGCGGGGGAUACUUCACCAACCAUGCAAAGCGACGACGUGAUAUGGUCCGUCAUUAACAGUCAAUUCUGCUCUUACAAAGUCAAAACAGUGACACAGAAUUUUUGUCGGAACGAGUAUAAUGUGACGGGUUUCUGUAAUCGUCAGUCUUGUCCACUCGCAAACUCGCGGUAUGCAACCGUACGAGAGAGAGAAGGUGUGCUUUAUCUGUAUGUCAAGACAAUCGAGAGGGCGCAUACCCCUGCAAAGAUGUGGGAAAAGAUACAACUCUCGAAUAACUAUUCAAAAGCCUUGGAGCAGAUCGACAAAGAGCUCAUAUACUGGCCAAAUUUUAUCAUUCACAAAUGUAAACAGCGCGUGACGAAGAUCACGCAGUACCUCAUCAAGAUGCGACGAAUGAAAUUACGCCAAGAACCAAAACUCGUCGGUGUGAAGAAAAAACUUGAGCGUCGCGAGGCGACACGGGAGCGCAAAGCUCUCUCAGCGGCUCACUUGGAGAGGUCUAUCGAAAAAGAGCUCAUCGAGCGGCUCCAGUCAAAAGCAUAUGGUGAUGCACCACUAAACGUGAACGAGAGUGUAUGGCAAGCUAUAUUAGAUCGAGAAAGGGGAGAGAAGCAGGAGAAGGAGCUGGAGGACGCUGAGGAAGAACUGAGUCUGGUAGAUGACGAGACCGAGGGAGAGGAGGAAGAGAUGGAAGGAGAGAUGGAGGGGGAGUUUGUGAGCGAUCUAAGUGGAGACGAAGAUGAGGGUUUCAGCGACUUAGAGGACAUAGUGGCUGGGGAUUCGGGAGAGGAUUCGGGAGAUGAAUCUGAGGAUCCCAGUGAAGAAGAGGAUGCACGGCCAAAAACACUGCUUGGAAAACGGAAAGCAAAACCCCCAGCGAAAGCCCCUCCACGAAAGAAAGUGGAGAAAACGAGGGGUCCAAAAGUGUCCGUGGAAUACGAGCAGGAAUUGGAGAGCGUACCUAUCUCACAUUCCCAACUUGCAAAUUGGUAGCAUCCGCAUUGUUUCCACCGUACUUACCCCGUGCAUUUUGGCACCUUGUUGUUUAUUCAUUCUCACAGUUUUGUCCGAC